AGAAAGCUUGAAAAGAGCAGUUCCCUGACCAGAGCCGACCAGUUGUUCCGUAGCAAUAGCCGCGAGGGACAGACAGUGGUCAGCGGGAGUGGCCGUAAACUACCGCAAAGACAACGAAGCAACGAAAGUAAUUGGACGAGCGGUGUGUCGGACGUGUCUGUGUCCACAUUCGGCACAUUAAGCGACUCCACAGUACACACCGAACCGCUGCCGUCGGGUCCGCAAACGCACGCCAACGCCAAACAAUUGCCGCGAAUAACAGCACAACAACAGGCCAUCCUUCGGGAGAGGGUUGGGGUCGGCAGAGGGGGUGGUGUCGGCGGUGGUGUCAUUGGUAGCAAUUCUUCACAUACCGUGCCUUCUAUUCCUAAUUCACAACAACACCAACUAAUAGACAAUUCAAUGCCUCUAAACACACAAAACUUCAUGAAAAACCAAUUGAUUUACUCGUCUAAUGGUUUCGCCGCCACCCAAACGGCGCCCCAUUUAGACCCGACGGGUGCGGCCAAUCCGGGCGUGCAGUACGUGUACGCGGACCAGACCAGCGACGGCGGCGGCCCACGGCUGCACUCUUACCAUCAUUCAGGUAACCGCCGCAGGAGUACUACAGAGAGUGUCAUACGAAAUGAUUCGUUGAGUUCAGAUCAAUCCGAGUGUGUUGUCCGACCGCCGCCGCCAAAGCCCUACAAAGUCCGCAACAGAUCGGGCAAAAAGCUCCGGCCGUAUAGCAGUUUCAGCAGUUCCGACGAAGAGAUCCGCUCCACACCCGACCCCUCGACCGAAGACGAUCUGGACAUUGAGAGCGAGAGUAUCAGUGAAAAGGGAGAACACAUCGACCAUAACCUUCAUAAGUGCCAAAGGAUUCUCAAACCCGAAGAGAUAUUAGACGCCAAAAUUAAGAAAUUUCUUGCUCAUCCGAUCACAUGGAAGCCAUCGACGAAUGGCACACAUCUUAUCGGACAUAUGAUACUGAAGAAGCAUUUGGCGGACGACACGUCUUCGAGUUCGAGUGCAACCAUUUUAGGUCUGAAAGUAGUCGGCGGUAGGAUUAUAGAGAGCGGACGGUUGGGCGCUAUCGUCGAGAAAGUCAAGAAAGGCAGUAUCGCCGACACCAUCGGUCGCCUCCGACCGGGCGAUGAAGUGGUCGAAUGGAACGGUCGGUCACUUCAAGGAAAGACAUACGAAGAGGUGUACGAUAUCAUCGCUGAGUCCAAACAAGAGCCUCAGGUGGAGCUCAUUGUCUCCCGACUCACGCAAAAGCUUCCGUUGGCCACAAACCCGACACCACUUCUCAAAGAGGAUCUACUCAUACCUCCGAACAGAAUCGGGAGACGCCAUACAGAUGUGAUCGCAAAUAUGGGACCACAACUCAGUUACGACAAAACGUUCAUUCGUGGCAGUAGUUUAGGGGCCGAAUUGAAUCGCUCGAACCGACCCUAUUUGAAAGUAACCCGAACUUCCACUAUAAGCGGCAGAAUUCAGGUUAAGCUCUGGUAUGACAUCCAAUCGUUGCAAUUAGUGGUGACAAUAAUCAGCGCUAUUGAUCUGAGCCCACGGAAGACGGGUUACGCACGCAAUCCAUACGCAAAAAUGUUUUUACUUCCAGACAAAAGUGAAAAAAGCAAACGCCGGACCAAAACGAUGGUCAACUCAAAUGAGCCGCUUUGGAACCAAACAUUCGUUUACUCGCCGUUAAGACGGUCUGAGAUGAAGACGAAGGCCUUAGAGAUCACAAUUUGGGACUUUGACCGUUACGGAGCCAAUGAAUUCCUCGGCGAAGUGCUCAUCGAGUUGGCCGUCGCCCCGUUGGACGACGAGCCCGAGUGGUAUCUGUUGGCCACUCACGAAGAAAUAUUUGCUCAAUUACGACUCCAACAGAAGCCGUACCUGACCAGUGCUGACCGCAUAUCUCCUUCUACUUCUUCACGCCUUUCCGACAGUGAUAUCUCCGAAUUAGAAUACGACGACGGCUUCAACACUUCCAGAGAGUCGUGGAGAGGGCUAUUGGCCGACACAAGUCAGAGUUCCAUCGGAAGCAGCGGUAGUCCGCCGCUAAUGAAUACAGUAGACCCGAAGCCCAGUUCCCGACACAACCCGUAUAACUAUUUACCGCAAGACGUGUCGACAAUGGGUCGAAGGGGACGACAGGGGCUGUUGGCUGAGGGGAACGCCUCAUCGCUUCCCACGAAUUACAUACUCAACGAAAACGAAAGUUUUAGAUAUCGACCGGAGUUUCGCAAAAGCAGUUCACAGCCGACGCGUUCACUAUCGCCGCCUUCGCUGCGGUCGCGGUCGCCCUCGCACUCCAUCGGAACGCCCACCAGUUCUGUGGGCGGCGGACACUUCAGUAAGAAACGACACUUACCUCAAGUGCCGGCAGUGCCCCGACGUGUCGUCGAUAGCGUGUACACCGGUUUCGAUCCUUUACAACAACAACAACAGCAACAGAUGCAGAGCCGGAACUGGAGGCCAAACGUACCGCAAAGACGAUCCGUCGAUCGGAUGACAGGCGGCAUGUAUUCCGACAGUGAGAUCACCACAAAACCGGUGUUUGGGAACCGACAG